AUAAAUGAAAUGGUUUCCUGUUAAGAGGUAACUUAAAGAAGAGAAACACCAGAGUUAAAUUCAAGCAAAGACAAGAAGACGUAUUCAUUUCGACAAGAUGAGAAGUGUUUUUGUUCUUAUUUAUAACCUUCUUGCUGUGCUUCCACUUGGUCAUUCCAAUAUCUGCAUUCAGUGCUCUUCUCCCUCUGAAAAUAGUUGUUCGGGUCAAGAAGUACAAUGUUCACCAGGAGAUAUCUGCUUAUCUAUAUACGAGAGAACUUUAGUUGCAGGAAACAGUGCUUUUACUCAUAAUUACUACAGAACAUGUGGGACCUCUAAGCAAUGUGGCCAGUUUUACUCCUACAUAGAUGGAGAGAUUACAUACAACCUAGCUUACAGCUGUUGCACAAGCGACUCCUGCCUCCCUCCAGAGCCAGACAUGCUCUCUAAUGGAUGGAAAUGUCCCUCAUGCAGUGCAGACGGCUCAUUUUGUAAUACAGAACAAGUUGUACAUUGCAUCGGUACAGCAAAUCAAUGCUUUAGUAGUAAUGUGACCUACAGCAAAGGAGAAAAACAACAAAUUUAUGUAGAGGGCUGCACAACGGACAACAUAUGUAACAAUCUCGGGCUGACUGAUUUACAGUAUGCUACAGACAAUGGUGCUGUGGCAUCUACCACAUGCCAAACGUCAACCGAUAAUCGUCCCUCUCUUAACUGCGUUCAGUGUAAUUCUAACAUCAACAAUUCUUGUACUGGACCAGAAAUAACAUGUUCAUCAAGUCAAGACGUUUGUAUAUCUAUUUAUGAAACAGAGUCAAAUAGCAGCACUGUUACACAUAACUAUUACAGAACAUGUGGGACCUCUAAGCAAUGUGGCCAGUUUUUCUCCAAUAUAAAUGGAGAGAUUACAACUAAUCUAGCUUACAGCUGCUGCACGAGCGACUCCUGCCUUCCUCCAGAGCCAGAUAUGUCCCCUAAUGGAUGGAAAUGUCCCUCUUGCAGUGCAGAUGGCUUAUUUUGUAAUACAGGACAAGUUGUAAAUUGCAUCGGUACAGCAAAUCAGUGCUUCAGUAGUAAUGUGUUCUACAGCCAAGGAAAAGUACAACAAAUUCAUAUAGAGGGCUGCACAACGGACAACAUAUGUAACAAUCUCGGGCUUACUGAUUUACAGUAUUCUACAGACAAUGGUGCUUUGGUAUCUACCACGUGUCAAACGUCAACCGAUAAUCGUCCCUCUCUUAACUGCAUUCAGUGUAAUUCUAACAUCAACAAUUCUUGUACUGGACCAGAAAUAACAUGUUCAUCGAGUCAAGACGUUUGUAUAUCUAUAUAUGAAACUAAAUCAAUUGGAGCAUUGACUGAGAGUAACCUCUACAGAGACUGUGGCACCUCUGAGCAGUGUGGCCAAUUCUACUCCUUCAUAGGUGGAGAGAUUGUAAAUAACCUGGCUUAUAGCUGUUGCCAAGGCAACUCCUGCCUUCCUUUGCAGCCAAACAUGUCCUAUAAUGGAUUGACUUGUCCCUCUUGCAGUGCUGAGUUUUUAUCUUGCAAUACGGGACAAUUUGUGGAUUGCAUUGGGACUGCAAACCAAUGCAUUAGUAGUACGCUGACCUACAGCCAAGGAGGAAUGACAACAUUUCACGUAGAUGGCUGCACAACAGAAAACAUAUGUAAAAAUGUCAAUCUGACCCAAUUAGACUUUUAUGAUGAAAAUGUUGCAUCAACAUCUACCAUAUGUCAGGAUUCAACUAAUUACGUUACAACCACUGUCCGUCCUACUACUACAAAAAUCAAUCCGCCGUAUCGGUCAACUGUCUAUACUACAAAAAUCAAUCCGCCGUAUCGGUCAACUGUCUAUACUACAGAAGGAACUCUUCAUACCAAUCCCAAUUCUAAUGCCAGUACAGCAUACAACAAUAUAUGUUAUCACUUAAUGAUUUUAGUUGCUCUCAUUGUUUUCCAAAUGUCCAUCUAGUUUCACCAGUGUCAACUG